GGCCACUAUUUCACAGAUUACAAGGAAGGGGAGGAUUCAGUACAUCCUCGAGGAGAUGCUGAAGCAGAGGAUAUCGCCGAGAUCGACGGAUAAUGAGACGAUCAACAACAUUGCUGCCACUGAGCUGGAGUCGAAAAAUUUGUGGAAGCUCAGGAAAAGAUGAUAAGCGCAAGACACGCGAGACGGGGCACUUCAUGAGGGUCCCCAAGGUCAUGGAAGAACCCAGAGGCUGACAGCAAGAGCAAAAGAAGGGAAACAAGCGAACCCGACGUGUAAGGACAGAUCUUUCCAGAUGCGGAUUCAGAUUGCCAAAACCACUGGCUCUCGGUCCCGACCCAAACUCACCACAACAAGAGAUCAUCGAUCGCUCUGUCUCAAUCUUCGUCUGAAAAUUAUGGUCUACUCGGAUAUUGAGCCUUAUGAGACUGGCUUCCUAAAGGUCUCGGGCAUUCAUACACUAUACUAUGAAGUCAGUGGAAACAAAGAAGGGAACCCAGUUAUAUUCCUCCACGGCGGUCCUGGUGGUGGAACAUCUCCAAAGGAUCGAAUUUUCUUCAACCCAAAGAAAUAUAAAAUCAUCUUAUUGGAUCAGCGAGGCGCAGGAAAAUCGACCCCGAGUGCAUCCCUUGAAGAGAAUACGACUUGGGAUCUUGUGGAAGAUAUCGAACGUCUUAGAAAGCAUUUAAAGGUCGAUAGAUGGGUCGUUUUCGGGGGCUCGUGGGGAUCAACUCUCUCGCUAGCCUAUGCUCAAGCGCAUCCCGAUCCUGUGAAGGCUCUCAUAUUGAGGUCUGGUCACACAUUUAACAAAUACCUCUGGCUAAUGUUGGGAUACAGGGGUAUCUUUACCCUACGAAAGAGCGAAGAAGGCACAAGCCAUCUUUUCCCCGAGGAAUGGGACGAUUACCUCGCCCCCAUCCCAGAGGGUGAACGCGGCGACUUGGUCAAGGCGUACCAUAAGCUUCUCAAUUCCGCUGACGAGCAAACAAGGCUGUCCGCUGCGCGUGCAUGGUCUAAAUGGGAGAUGGCUACGUCGAAACUCAAAGCCGACCCGGAUGAUAUCGCACGCGCCACAAAGGACGAUUGGGCAAAUGCUUUUGCUCGGAUUGAGAAUCACUAUUUCAUCAACGAAGGCUUCAUGAGGCAAGGACAACUACUGGAGCGGCAAUCGAUCGAUAAAAUUCGCCAUAUCCCAUGUGUUGUAGUCCAAGGUCGUUAUGAUGUUGUUUGUCCGGCGAGGAGUGCAUAUGAUCUAAAGAAGGCCUGGCCAGAGUUGAAACUUCAAAUCACACACGCUGGUCAUUCUGUCCGGGAAGAAGAAACUACACAGAAGCUCGUAGAAGCUACAGACCAUUUCAGCGAAUUAUAA